UAAAACCAACUUCUCUUGAGCUCCCCACCCUGGUAUAAAAGGUUUUGUUGCACACACUUCAUUUGGCAGUUGAGUUUACGUGUAGUGUUGAAAGGACGUCUUAGAAGCUGUCAGUGGUAGUAUAAAGAGAUCGUGAUUUUCAUAGAGGAGGAGUGCAAAAAAUUCAAUUUCUUUAUCCUUAACAACUGUGCAAGUUCACCGGUGGUGAGUAAGAAAUAUGAAUGGAUUAAACGGCUACGCUAACGGUGAAUUGAACGGCGGAGAUAUAAUAACCCAAAAUCAGCAAAAGGGUUGUUGGACCAUAGGAUUAAUCAAUUCCAAAUUUCGUUACCUUACUGCAGAAACGUUCGGAUUCAAAAUCAACGCGAAUGGAGCUUCUUUAAAAAAGAAGCAGAUCUGGACUUUGGAACCUGAUUGCUCCAACGGAGGCGAUAGUUACAUAUACCUAAGAUCACAUUUGGACAAAUACUUGGCAGUGGAUUCAUUUGGCAAUGUUACUUGCGAAAGUGAAGAAAAAGAACCGGGCAGCCAAUUCCAAAUUAGCGUCUCCGAUGACGGUACCGGACGAUGGGCACUACGAAAUGUCGUGCGCGGCUACUUCCUCGGUUCGAGUUCGGAUAAGUUAACAUGUACCGCCAAAGUUCCUACGGAUGCUGAAUUUUGGAACGUACAUCUUGCCGCCCGACCUCAGGUAAAUCUUCGAUCCGUGGGUAGGAAGCGGUUUGCGCAUUUGUCCGAAAACUUAGACGAAAUCCAUGUCGAUGCUAAUAUUCCUUGGGGCGAAGAUACGUUAUUUACUUUAGAAUUUAGAGCGGAUGAAUCCGGGAAAUACGCUCUUCACACGUGUAACAACAAGUAUCUAUCGUCCGGAGGUAAACUGGUCGACGCGUGCAAUAAGGACUGCCUAUUUUCGGCAGAAUAUCAUAGUGGACAGUUGGCCCUAAGAGAUAAAAGCGGAGCAUAUCUUAGUCCCAUCGGAUCUAAAGCUGUCUUAAAAACUCGUUCUAACACGGUAACCAAAGAUGAGCUCUUUUCCCUCGAGGACUCUCUUCCUCAAGCUAGUUUUGUAGCAUCCCUCAACUCGAGAUACAUUUCCGUGAAGCAAGGUGUGGAUGUAACUGCCAAUCAAGAUGAAAUAUCCGAUCACGAAACAUUCCAGCUGGAGUUUGACUGGAACACAAAGAGGUGGUACAUUCGUACAAUGCAAGAUCGUUAUUGGACCCUAGAAACUGGCGGCGGGAUUCAGGCAAAUGGCGAUAAAAGGUCGUCCAAUGCUUUAUUCGAUUUAAUUUGGCAAGGAGACGGUUCCGUCGCGUUUCGUGCGAAUAACGGGAGGUAUGUUAUUACGAAGAGAUCGGGUCAUCUCUACGCCACGGCCGAUAACAUGGAUGAAAAUUGCAAAUAUUUCUUCUACCUAAUUAAUCGACCUAUUCUAGUCCUUAAAAGUGAGCAAGGCUUUGUGGGAUAUAAAUCGGGCAAUAAUCCUAAAUUAGAAUGUAACAAAGCUACCUAUGAAACGAUCCAAGUUGAAAGGGCAGAUAAGGGAGUAAUAUACUUCAAAGGUCAAAAUGGUAAAUACUGGCACUGUGAUUCAGAAGGAAUAACUGCAGACUCGGACACUCCCGAAGGUUUCUAUUUGGAACUGCGUGAACCGACUCGUCUAAGUAUUAAAUCAGUUAAUGGAAGUUAUUUAAGUGCAAGUAAAAAUGGAACAUUCCGGUUAGGCGAAUCUUCGUUUGAAAGUGCAACACAGUGGGAGUAUUAAGCGCUUUAUGUCAGGAUUUGUAUUUAUUAUUGUCUCGCUUUCUUGCACAUGUAUAGGUAUAUAAAUUUUAUUUAAAAGUGGCUGUAUCAGGAAUCAACAUUUGUGCACUGUUUUGUAUAAAAUUGAUGUUCUUUUAUGUUAAUUGGCUUUAAAUCCAAUACUAUACACCUUCCAUAACACAAAAACAAUACAAGCGUUUGUACAGAUUAAAUUACACAAGUCAUGGUGUAAAUGAAAGGUGAAGGUUUUAAAUUUCAUCAUUGCGGCAUAUGAAACUUAGUAACUUUCUAGUUACAGAAUGAUACCAGCCAGCCAAAGAUAUUAAUUCAAAUGAUGUUAAGGUUACUCAAUUACCUCAUGCAGGGAUUAUUAAAUAACAUAUUCAAAUGGCACACUCUUAGCGUUUGGGAGGUUACUGUUUUAAAAUAAGGCUGAAAACGUAUUUUACACAUUUAUACUUUUGUAAACAUUUUAUAUGUCGAAAAUGUAGAUAGCACUAGGUGCGACGUAUACGUAAGUUAUUGUCUAUAGAUUCAAAUGUCCUGUAGGCAUACCUCAAAAAUUGUGUGUACUAAAGCGGUUUUACAUUUUGGGUGUGUCAGAUUAGCCCACCACGUUAUUUUGAGAUAAGUAUUUUAUAGCUUUUUUACAUCUACAUUAUAUAAAUUUGAUAUAAAACAUUUGUCUAAAAAUGUACAUUUCUUCCGGUGGGUGGUUUUGUCUGUGUGCACAACUUUAAUCUAAGCACAGUGUACUGAACCAUUUUUUAUCAAACUUUAAUGUAAACAAUUAACUGUAACCUGUAAUUCAUCACAUAUCUAUCAAUCUAUCGAUGAUUUGCAUUUGAAGUAUGAUUUUGUUCCAAAAAAGCUUGCAAUAAUAUAUUAGAAAUUUAUUUAUUAUCACCUUAAUUUGUGAAUUUUAAUGCUUAAAGAAUAGAUUGUAUCUAAGAAGGUAGUUUACAGCAAUAAAUUAUUAUAUAUUUACAUUAUGA